AUGCCCACCGAAUUAGAGGAGCUCGUAGAGUUCCUCGGCUCUCCAAAUCCACAAAUCAGGCAGAUUGCUGCUGCAAAUCUCACAGUCUUCUCGUCAAGUCAACCUACGCUCUUCAAAAAGGAGAAUCUGCAGCCGAUCAAAGAUUUGAAGAUUCUCGUUCGAGAUCAUCCGACCAUUGCCAAAGAUGCUCUUACAAUGUUAAUCAACCUUUCUGCAGACGGGCAGAUAUUGAGAUUCCUCGCUGAUGACGAUGACUUUGUCGAGCUCUUGAUCGCCAAAGUCACUAAUAAAAACGAGCCAAAUGCGGACGACAUUGCCAUGCUACUGGCAAACCUCGCCAAGGCAGAUAGUUUCAGCCGCAUCAUCUCUCUCACAAGAAAGAAAGCAGAUGAUGUAUCCACCUCAACAAACGCGCUGGACCAAUUACUAGACUGCUUCGUCAAAGGAGCCGAUGGAGCUUUAAACAAAGCCGCAAACUACGACUAUUUAGCGUACGUCUUUGCAGAUUUGUCAAAGACGGAGGAAGGUCGUAAAUUUUUCACGACAAAACAGGAUUAUGACGGAGUCAUUCCCGUCACGAAGCUGCUUGUUUUCACGGAGCAUACGAGCGACAUUCGAAGAAGGGGGGUGGCAUGGACAAUCAAGAAUGUUUGCUUCGAUGUCCAGUCACACCCUAUGCUGAUUAGUGAAGAAGAAGACGAGGGUGCAAAUCUGCUUCCUUAUAUCUUACUCCCAAUUAUGGGACCGGAAGAAUACCCCGAUGACGAGUCGUCCGAAAUGCUACCCGAUCUACAAUUACUACCCCCCGACAAACGGCGAGAGACAGACAACCAAAUUAUCCUUGCACAUUUAGAGACACUCUUAUUGUUAACUACGACUCGUGAAGUGCGCGAUAAGAUGAGACAGGUGCAGGUUUAUCCCAUUAUUCGGGAAUGUCAUUCUGCUGUUGAGAAUGAAGAAGUUCGCGAGGCAUGCGAUCGGCUCGUUCAAGUCUUGAUGCGUGGAGAAGAGGGAGAAGUGAAUGAAGCUGAGAGAGAGGCUAUGGAGAGGGCUGGAGUGCAUACAAUGCUUGGACAGCCGAAGAGGAUUACGGAAGAGGAAGGGGAAGGGGAGGAAGAAGACGAACAGAUAGUGGAUAUCUUGGCCUAA